UCUCCCGCCCCACUAACAGGAUAAAGGCCUGGCUGUCUUGGGCCUGAGGGAGACGCAGUGCAGGAUGCAGGGCCGCAUGGCGGGGAGCCGGGCUCCACUGGGCCUGCUCCUGGUCUGUCUUAAUCUCCCAGGCCUCUUUGCCCGGAGCAUCGGUGUGGUGGAGGAGAAAGUUCCCCGAGACUUGGGGACCAACUUGCCUCCGCACGGACAGCCUUCCUUGACCGGCCCCUCCAACUCUGAACAUCCUCAGCUCAAACCAGACUCUGGGCCUGAUGAUUAUGCAAGGGAUCCUCUGAAGCCCAAUGAUGCUUCUCCAUCACACAGCUCUCAACCUGCAGGAGGUUCUGGGCUGCAGAGGUGGCCCCCAUCCGGGGAGCUGCCCCCCAUGGAGUCCUGGCACUUGGAGGACCCUUGGUCGAUGACGGCUGCUGCUGUCGAGGACCACGUGGGGGACGUGCUGCCUGAAGAACUGUCUUAUCUUUCUAGCGUGGCUGCCCUCCCACCGGGCAGCGGGCCUUUGCCUGCAGGGCCCUCUGCAUACCCCUCGGACCCCUCACCCGAGGCUUCACUUCUCAACCAGGACUCUGAGUCUAGACGGGCAUCCCGCUCUAAUGCACUGGGCGCCCAGGGAGAAAUCCUUGCCCGACCUCCACCCGGGUUUUUCAUCAACAGGAUUCGACGGCAAUUUCUGCCUGGUCACCCCUGGGGGACCCUGAAUCCCAGUGUGUCCUGGGGAGGUGGAGGUCCUGGCACUGGAUGGGGAACAAGGCCCAUACCAUACCCAGUGGGAAUCUGGGGUAACACUAUUCGAUACCCAAGUACUAGCUGGGGGAAUAUUAAUCGGUAUCCAGGUACCAGCUGGGGGAAUAUUAAUCGGUAUCCAGGUACCAGCUGGGGGAAUAUUUAUCUACGCCCAGGUAUUAAUCAAUUUCCUCUCAGAGGUCUCCGUCCUCCUGGCUCUUCUUGGGGCAUUCCAGCUGGCUUCCCCAAUCCUUGAAACCCUGAGUCACAGUGGAGUUAGGAGAAUGACAGAGGGUAGAAAACCCUAAGCUAGAAGUUAGAGAAGGGAGUCCGGCUCCCUCCGCUUGUAGUGUGAGCUAAAUCAAGUUCCUAUCAGCUGUUUUCUAGCAUCGUCCGCACUUUCACUGCCUCCCCUGCUCCUCAUAUGAUGACCUCCAAUAAAACACAGCACUUACUGAA